AUGACGAAAUACACCUCACACUCUCCCCUUCCGUCUGCCAAUUCACACGAAAUAAAACACAAUCUCGUGGCUUCAUUACAGAUAGGUGUUACAGUCUACGACUUACACGAAAACAACACCGCCCACACGCCCAAGGUCACCACCGCCCACACACCCAAGGUCACCACCGCCCACACGCCCAGGUACAGGCGAGCCAGGCACCACGAGCCCAAGGUCACCACGCCCGACGCCCAAGGUCAACCGCCACAGACAAGGUCACCACCGCCCGCAGCCCAAGGUCACACGCCCGCAGCACCAAGGUCACCACCGCCGGGCACGCCAAGUGAGCACCGACCGCCCACACGCCAAGGUCACCACGCCGCACGCCCAAGGUCACAGAGACACAAGGACCGCGACGCAGGUCAGAGCCAGGAGAGACUGAAGUUAUCACCAAAAGUACAUCUGUAUCAUAGUCAUACAUUACUCCCCCCACGAAGCAACACCGCCCGCACGCCCAAGGUCACCACCGCCCGCACGCCCAAGGUCACCACCGCCCGCACGCCCAAGGUCACCACCGCCCGCACGCCCAAGGUCACCACCGCCCGCACGCCCACGGUCACGCCCACGCCCACGACGUAG